UGACAUCAGCAGUAGAGUAGAGUAGAAGGCUAUCUGUGUAUGUGUCUGGCUGCAGUGUCGUAGGCUUAAGCCGCGGUAAAAUCCCACGGGAGAUUAGAGGGGGAACAUGCGCUAGUCCGGAUUCUUUAGAAAUGGAAGCCCUAGGAGAGAGCAACAGACAGUCGAAACAAAUGCAUCUGUAAUGAAGAAUGGAUGUAUGUUGUCUCAUGGAAAACCUGCACGCUGUCUCUCUCUCUUUUUUUACCCUCCUUGUUUUCUCUUUCCAUCUGUCUUCGACAAGCUCCCUCCUCCCUCCCUUCCUCCCCUCCAUCCCUUUGCUCCGCUCCUCUCCCUCUCUCUCUCUCAUACUCUCUUGCGCGCUCUCAGUGGAGGAAUGUAGAUAGAGGCUGAGUGUACGCCCGCUGCUCUGCACUGUAUAAACGGCUCGCACUACAGUGGUGGGUCGCUCAUCAGAUGCUGUUCAGAACGGAUAUGUACUGCUAACGGAUUUGACCGUCCGCCAUCUCUUCCUUGAAAACUCUGCACCUGUCACUGCCUCAUUUGCCGGGUUUAUUGCUCAGCUUGCACAUACCAGGAUUUGUGCUGCAUGUCCCUUGCUCCCAAAAGGAUGCUAUAAAUCAGCAGAAGCUUUGGUCGUGGAAAAAGGGACAUAUUGCUUCACGAUCAACAUCAAGUCCUCCUCCGUGAGGGAACCAGCUUUCUCGGAUAUGUAUAGCUGACUCAGUGCUUGAAUACAAGAUUGUGAAUCAGAUCAAGACCUUGAAAAAUGAAUUGGUGAGAACAAGAGAGGAAAAAUAUGAGCCUGUUUUUAACUUUUACUGAACUCUACCUUCAAAUAUGCCAGUGAAUGGAGGUACGAGAUUGGAGAAUAAAUCUAGCUGCCGUGUUAUCUGCAAAAAGAGGGAUUUGAUAAUCUGACGACAGAGAGUGCUGCUGCAACGGUUGGUGCUCGGAGUCAACAUGCAGAUGAUUUUACUCCUCCCUUUCCUUCCACCUUCUUUGCUCAGCACCUUUAUUUAACAUUUGUACCAUUUUGGUGAUUUUGUGGCAAACUUGAAGUCAUCUGGAUGUACUGAUGGAACGGGACUAAAGGACAGUCCUUUUUACUGGAUUCUGCAACCACUGAGAUUUCUACCUCCGGAAUUCUACUGGGUGUAUGCGCUUGUCUGAUUGUGAGUGUGCGUAUGUGUGUGGAUGUGAUUUGUCUGCCUUGAUGUGUGCAUAACUAUUUCUGUGUUUUUUGCAGUUGUGGUUUACUUUGCAAUUUUUUUUCAAAUGUCUGGCAUUACUGGCCAGUGUUUCGCCUUGUGCUGUCCCAGUCUGCCGAGUGCCCGGCCUUGGGGUUAACCCUUACCGUGCCGCAGGCAAGAUGAGUGACAGCUCUGGAACAGUGAACAAUUUGGGGGCUAUGGUACUGGAGGAGCCUGAUGGGAGAGGUGAACAAGCCCAGGCCCCUGCUCGUGGUGGGAUUUUAAGGUGUGGGAGAUGUGCAUUUUGGCCUCGCCAACAGACUUGGCUCUGUGUGGUUCCACUUCUCAUUGGCUUCAUAGGCCUGGGGUUGAGUCUGAUGCUGCUGAAAUGGAUCGUGGUGGGUUCUGUGAGGGAUUACGUGCCUACUGACUUGGUGGAUGCCAAGGGUAUUGGCCAGGACCCCAUCUUUCUGUCCAAGCCUAGCACUUUUCCUAAGGGAUCUGACACCACCACCACCACCACAACCACUAUUGGAGGGGUCAGCUCGGUCAGCCCCACCGUCACCACUGUGGUGCGGAGCAGGACUCGAACGGAAGCUCCUCCCAAUGUUCCCCCAAAAGGUGGUAGUGCAUCCGGCAGCCAGGUGACACAGAAGAGCCCAUCUACACGCUUUGUCACACGUAAUCCCACCUUAACAACCACCUUGGCAUCUUCCACAAUGUCUACUGUCCAUACGUCCACCUCCAGCCCCUCUCCCUCCAACCCUGCCAUUCUAAACGACUCCACCCAAAUGUGGACCAGAGAGCAGUCAUCCACUGAGAGGCAUGUGACCACGCCUGGUCGAACCCACGUCAGCCGCAAGACACCAUCACCAACUCUACCGCCUUUGAAAUCGGAGCAUUUCAAGCCAUGUCAGGAGAAAGACCUGGCCUAUUGCCUGAAUGACGGGGAGUGCUUUGUCAUCGAGACCCUGAGCGGCCCACACAAACACUGCAGGUGUAAAGAGGGUUUCCAGGGCAUUCGUUGUGACCAGUUCCUGCCCAAGACUGAUUCCAUCCUGUCUGAUCCAAUGGAUCACUUGGGCAUUGAGUUCAUGGAGAGCAAGGAGGUGUACAAAAGACAAGUGAUGUCUAUCACAUGUAUUGCCAUGGGGAUCAGCUUUCUAGGCACCCUCUGCAUAGCUCUCUACUGUCGGAACAAGAGAAGAAGGGAAAAGCUCCAGGCACACUUAAAAGAGAGCCGUAGCCAGAAAAACUACAUCCUCACCUCAUGCAGCCUGGCCCCUACACCCAGCCUUAGGCCUCAGCAAGGCCUUCAGCUACAGAAAUAUUAUAAACCCACAAGGUCCUCGCCACCACAUGUUCGAGAGUCUAGUUUCGUUCAGAGUACUGCUGCCUCCACCAGUCCACAGGGCACAUUGACAGGAAAACACCCCAGGAGCACUUCCCUCUCUCAUAGUCCAGAUCAGAGGAGUCGUUCUGCUUUUCGGCCUACAUCUCGCAGAACCCCACCCAUCACCAGAGGAUGUCUCAAUGCCAUUGGGGGAUCAAGAGAUUGUGGUCCUGCCUACCAACAUCUCCACGAAGUAGACAGCUCAGAAAGGGAGUCAGUGAGAAGGAACCUUUCCGGCACUGGCAAUGACCUACAUCAAGAUUCCUUUUACAAUAUGCAACCCUCACAAUCCUCGAAAUCUUGGAGCAGCCAUUUAGACCACAGGUGCGCUAGGAGCCUCAGGUCGGGCGGCCCUAGCCAAAGUCCUCCUGCUCCCUGUCGUCCCUGCUCUAUCCCAAUUAUCCCCUCUGUCCACUCCUACCAGGAUGAGGUCUCGUGUAUGCAAACAGCUCCUACUGAUGGAAGCAGCAGUUCUAGUCCUCUGGAAACCACAGCUGAUGCUUCAGCUGUCAGUCAACAGUCCAACAUAAUGGUCUCCAACCAAAUGGCUGGUAGACAGAAGGAAGUAGCCUCACUACUUGACGAGGCUCAGGAUCAACUCAGAGCACUAGCACUUGCCCAGAGGAAACAGGAGGACAUCAGUAGCUCUUUCCCUCAUGGGGCCAAAGAGACUGUGUGCAUUCUUUUAGCAAAUGGGGGUGGACAAGGGGGAGUGGCCUCUUUUGGGCCCACGGAGACUCAGUUAAUGAGCCCUAGUGACAUGCACAAAGAUGCCACAAAGCCUGGCCAAUGAGAAGGGGUUGACAGGUCUAACCACAAAUGUGUGUGUGUCUUGAGGCUUCAUAAUACUUUGCCAAAACUGGGAUACCAUGGAAAGCUACCAUUGACUUUCUGAGGACCUGCUGUGAGUAGAGGCGUGGGAGAGUGACCGUCCUGAACAUGUGAAAAGAUAAUUUAUUUAUAUGCAUUUAUUUAAGGAGAAACUUCUACUUAGAUAAAGAAACCAAAUAGUCUGUCAUCUCCAUGGUGUUUUUAACUGUAUAAAAUAUAUAUAAAUGGAUAUAAAUAUAUGAAUUCAAAAUGGUGACCAAGUAAGAAAAAAAGGAAUAUGGGAAUAAGAAACGUUCUUUUGUAACGUCUCAGCUCCACAUCCUUAAAGACUCAAUGCCCGAUGGUUUAAAAAAAAAAAAAAAAAAGGAGUUUGUCCACUUGUUUCACUCAUUUCAAGUCAAGUUAUCUUCAAUCUUGUGUUUUGCACCUGCAGCAGCCGUGUUUACUAUCACAGUCCCGGUCACUGUCCUCUACCCUGCCAAGGAAUAUGGCUCCAUCAUGCCUUUGAAAACAGUGGAAUGUGGAUUACAAUUGGACUAAACUUCUAAACGCUAAUCGUAUACAGGCAAGAGGUAACUGAUAGUUAAGCACUGCCUCCAAGACAUCGAUUGCAAGAAUUUGAUGUGUCCGUCCAUUUGUGGAGCAAUCUGCAUUUUGUUUUUCUGUGCCUCUGUGCGUUGUCUCCUUCAUUUGGGCUUGGAUAUGAGUAAAGAUAAGCUAAUGGAACAGAGCACAUCAUACUGCACACCACCUGAGAUGCACAAACAGACCGUCAACGCCUCUCUGAAUGGACCAAGGAGAUUCCUGCACGGGAUAACAGAGCAGACUUGACCAACACAAGGAGCUUAUGUGUUUUUUUUCUUUUUCUUUUUGUUCUUAUGGAAUUAUCUGCUGCUUUCUGAAAGAAGCAGUCACUAUGAGUCUGUAUGCUACCUUUGAAUUGGGACAUAAGAUUUCUGUGAAUUAACAACCAAAUGUGGUAAGAAAGAAAAAUUAACAAUGAAUCUUUGGUGAAGAUGUUUCUUUGUUUCCAAUGUUUUUUUUUUUUUUUUUUUUUUUUUUUUUUUGAUCCCCAAUUCACAUAAUUGUGCAUGUUGGUGGUAUUGAUUUGCAGAACCAAGCCAUGGUAGUUAGAAAAGCCCCACAAAGAAGAAACUGCAUUAUAAUUGACCUGCGUCAAGUCCUAAUAGACCCAUUUCUGAGAAAUGCUCAGUGACUGCAUUAUACUGAAUGUACCAUUUUUUAUUUAUUAUUAUUUUUUUGUACAUGUUGUUGUUACUCAAGAAUUAUUCAAGACCUCCACUAGAGUAUAGUUUGGUUUUAAGGCCUUCUUUAAAGCAUUUUGCAUUUGUCCUCCAUCAGAGUUUGUGUCUACCGUGCCAUCCAUAACUCGAGGCUGAGAAGAAAUUAAAUAUCUCCUGGUAAAAGAAAGCAAGGUAAUGGUUAGCCUGUGGCAGAAAGGAGCUGUGAGGGCAGACAGAUAAGACUCUCACUUGAUCUUAUAACACCUUCCUUUGGCAAAAGCACUGACCUCAUCAGUGAAUUGCUGUGUCUAUCAAGAUAAUAAAGCAUCCAAAGUAAUGCAACAGUGUUGCUGUAAGGGAAAGACAGGAUAGUUUUAGAUCUUAAAGCUACACUAUUUAUUUAUCAAACAAUUUACAUUUUAUUAAUAGAAAAUAGUACAAUGCAACUAUUAGUGGUCAUGGGCAAUUCUAGGAUUUCAGUUGGGGGUCUUCAGUUUGAAAUUAGCUGUUGGUAGACUGUCAUUUUUUUUUAAAACCAAUUAAAAUGGUAUGUUUGUUUAUAUGAGCAUUCAUGAUUUUUGUUUUAUUAUAUGUAUGUUCAAAUUAUUCAUCUCACUUAAUUGGCAUGCAGUAGAUAAGCAUAAACAUCACACAUGCAAGAAAGAUAAUACGAAGCACAUUGUCACAGUGAUCUAUAAAAUGGCAGAUUAAUUCAUAUCCAGGUCAUAGCAGCAGAUAUAUAAACUGUCCAUCUUUUACAGCUAUUAAUGUUUAUUUUCAUUUGAAAUGGUGUGAGAAGGUUUCAUUUGAGCUGGACCAUAUUUUGUGCACUAGUGCUUAAGUAUAUUCAAUUAUGUUUUUGCACAGUAAUUACAAUGUAUGGUAUGUUAUGCUGUCAUUUUUCCAGAAUGUAAGUUAUGUGACUUGAUGAAUUUAUUACAGAAGACAGUAUAUUGCAAAACGUUUUGACAGAAAGUGGAAGCUGCAGGUGUGCAAGAAGGUGUAACACGAGCACAACAAAACUUUAUGGUUCUGUAUAACAGCCCCUUGAUGUACUUUAAUGUGCAAUUUUAAAAUUGAGAAAUGAAAUUUCUGUUUAUUCUUUUAUGUGAGAAACUGCAUUAUUGAACUCCCAAUUGAAAUUAUUUUAUUUUCCUUAAGUUCAUUUUUUUUAAAUAAAGAAUCUUCUGUGUUAAAUAAUGUUAGAAUGAGUGUUUUUUUGUUUGUUUGUUUGUUUGUUUGUUUUUUUAAUAAAUAAUAAAUUAUUAAAUAUAAA